UUUAGAGUCUACUAUUAUUUUGCAUAAAUGCUUUUUAACUAUUUACUAUGUUUGUUAUGAACAAACACAAUAUAAAAUAAUUUAACCCUUUAUUGUAUACCAUAUGUUCUCGCGAUUAAGAGAUAGAAACGUGGGGUGUAAAAAACUUUGAAUUACACACUUAUCUAAGUAGUUCCUCUCACAUUAAUGCAAUAAAUUAAUAGUUUUUUAUGUCUUCUAUGGCGCUUUAGUUGUAAUAAUCAUUAACUUGUCGAUUAUGACUAUCUAAAUAUUCUUAAAUUUAUCUGCUUUUAAUUAUAAUUUGAGCUUUGAAAACGCAAAACGGUUAGUCAGUCUUAAAACCAGCGAAUAUUGUGAGUAGUUAACAGUUAUGCUUUUAUCCAACCGUAAUUGGUUAAAGGUGGUCUUGCGGGCAGUUUUACACAUUUUCAUGCAGGAUGAACAAAUUUUUUAAUUUAAUGAGUGGGUAGGGAUAAUAUGUUACAAGUCGUUCUAAAACACUAGUAAAAUUGACUAGUUGCUAAAGUACUCUGUUGAACGAAUUCUUUAAAAAAACGAUUCCUUGAAUAUAAAUAAAAGAUCAAUAUUAUUGAUCCAUUAUUUAAAAUACUAACAAGUAUCAAAAAAACUAGACGGAAAAUCUUCCAAACAUACCUAUGUAAUUUGUAAUUUUUAAAAAUAAGCAGAGUUGUUUUUAAGAAGACUGUUUUUUACCAGGACUCGGUUUGUAAAUAUUUUUGUACUCAGUUUUUAUUUAAUACAUAAUACUCAGAAUAUCUCUAGUUGUUUUAUCUGCCUAGUGUAUAAAAUUACAGUUUUAUUUAUACAUACUAUUGUCUAUUAAAUACUGAUACGAUAACGUAACGAAAUGGAUAAAAAAAAUUUUUGUUUAGAUUAUUAAAUUUUACUAACAAAAAUUUACCAGUCAGCUAUCACCAUAUUAUUUUGAGUAGCUGCUAAUUCCAUGAAGGGGAGUAAUUCCUUUCCUUCGACAGUGCCAGUCCAUAAGUUAAACAAACUUCUUGAAUCACUUAUUUUUAAAAAUAAAAAUUGAAGUUUUCAACGCCAUACAGUUAUUAUUAGUGAUGGGCAUUUUCGAAUAUUUUAAACUAUCGAAUAACUAUUCGAAUUGUUUUUAUACAACCGAAUAGUGUGUUUUUAGCAUAAACUGUCGAAUAGUUUUUAAAAAUAUUCGAAUGGGCUAGCGAAUGGUUUCAAAAAAUAUUUGAUUAGUUCUAACUAAAAUUUUUACUAAGGACACUUAAUUAUAAUAAGAAGAUAAUGAACGAAUACUUAAAAUAAAUUAUUAUACAAUUAAUAGCAGUAAAAAGUACCAUUUUUUUUAUUUAUUUUUAGUUUGUGAGUCGUUGGUAAAAACUGAUAAAUAUGGGUUGAAAAUUAAAAAGUAGUUCUUUUUUCCGAUGACUAAUGAUAUAUUUUCAGUUUUAUCGGAGAGGUUUGUUCUAUGCGCAACAGAAGUAUUCGUAAAUACUAAAGUCUUAUUUUACACUUAAUACCUUGUAUACUGUUCUUAGUCUAGCAUUACCUGCUCUUUUGUCAUAUAAAGGCAUAACACCGAUAAAGAGGACAGCGCGUUUUAAAUUUUUACGUUUUUAAAAGUGGCGGCAACAAUAAAUACUGCCCCUCUUUAAAAAUUAUAUAAGCUAUUUUUAUUAGUCGGUUAAUCAUUGAACAUUUAAAAGUGUUGUUGUACCAUACAGUUUAGUGUAAAAUUUAUUUUCUCUAUAAAAUGCACAAAAAAAAUAUAUCGAACGUAUGGAAUUUUGUGGAUAAGGCUCCCAACUUUCCUAAUCAAGUUAUAUGUAAAUUGUGUAAAUUUAAAAUAAAAUAUGCUAACAAUACAUCAAAUGUUGGGGAUCAUUUACGCCGAAAACAUACAACGGCGUUGGAAUCAAAUAGAUUAUCGUCUCAAAAUGAAGAACGGGAUGAAAUCAAUGUUUUUAACGAACAGUCAUCGCCCUCAACAAGUAAAAUAAAAUAACAUUUUUAAUAAUCACUAAUUAAUCUAAUAAUCAUUUAAUAUCAUACUAAGACAACGCGAUUAUUAUUGACUGUUUCCGUAUCUUUUCUAAACCAGUUUUUCAAUAUAACUCUCAUUGAAUAUUUUUUUUAUUAAUAUAUUAUAAAAAUACCACUAAAUAGAUAAAUUAAAAAAAAAUUAUAAGUAUUUAUUUAUUAAAUGUGUUCUUAAGGUUCUUUAACUACGAAUUUAAAUAUGCGUGAACAAAUAACUAAACAAAUUCAAGGAACUCAACAAAGAAGACCAAAACAAUUAAUACUAACAAAUAGGUUCAGCUAACCAUCAGAGAGCAAUGUUGAUGAAUUUAAUAAAGCUGUUGUCGAAAUGAUUGCAGAAGACAUGCAACCGUUAUCGAUUGUAGAAAAUAGUGGAUUUAAAAAACUAAUUAAUCUUCUCGAUUCGCGAUAUAAGUUGCCAAGCAGGAAAAUUAUAGCAACAACACUCAUACCUAAUCUUUAUAACUCUACACGUGAAAUGGUUCAAUCUAUGUUAUCAUCUAUAAAAUAUGUCGCGCUUACUUCAGAUAUUUGGACUUCUAUAAAUACUAUUUCUUUUAUUACAGUGACUGCACAUUUUUUCGAUGUGAACUUUAACUUAAAGGCGUAUGUUUUAGCUACAAAAAAAACUAGAAUCUAGUCAUACAGCACAAUAUUUGUCUACAAUUUUAACAGAUAUCAUAAGUGAUUGGGCUAUCGAAGUAAAAGUCAUUGCGAUUGUAACAGAUUCUGGUGCGAAUAUAAAAGCUGCAAUUAGAUUACUUGGGUUUGAUCAUAUUCCGUACGCUGCUCAUAAAUUAAACAAUGCCGUAAAAAAUUAUUUUAAAUGCGAAGAUAUUGAUGAUUUUAAUAAUGACACUACUACAGCUUCUCGUUCUGAUGAAAUAGAAGUUAAGAAACUAAUAAAAAUGUGUCGAUCUAUUGUUGGACAUUUCAAACAUAGCGAAGUAUCGAGUAGACUUUCUCGCGAUAAACAAGAACAACUUAAUUGUCCUAUUUUAAAAGUAAAAUAAGAUAUUGCAAGUUGCUGGAACAGUACACUUAUUAAGGUAGAACGUUUUUUAAUGAUUAAAGAACCCUAAAUGCUAGUUUCCAUGUCUUUACCACGUUGUCCUAAUAUGCCAACAAAUGAACAGUGGAAAGUUAUUAAUGAAAGUUAUUAAUGUUACACUUCUGAAACCAUAUGAAAGUUUGACUGUACAACUAUCAUCAGAAAAACGACCAACUUUAGGAAAAGUUAUACCACUUAUAAGAGGUUUACUAUUAACAGUUGGAAAUAAAAAUCCAGCAACAUCCCCGGGAAACUAUUUGAAGAAAAAUUUACUAGAACAAACAACAAAACGGUUUGGAAAUAUAAAGGGAAAAUAUCCAUCACAUUUGUAUGCAAAGGCGACAAUAUUAGAUCCUCGAUUUAAAAAAGCAGCUUCUACAUCUAUUGAUAAUGCUAAUGAAUCUGAACAAGAAUUACAAAAAGAUCUUGCUGAAUAUCUAGAAAAUCAUGGUAAAUUUUAUCUCCUUUGAGAACUGAACAAGUUAUACCAGAGAGUACGAUUUUAGAAUCUAAUACCAAGUGGAAUUCAAUACCUGAAGAAAAUCUACUUAAUUUUCUAGAAACAACUGUCUCUACGCUUCGUUCUAAAACUACUUUCUCAAUCACAGCAAAAGCAUUAUGUAGACAAUAUUUUGAUGUAGAAUUUUUAAAUAUAAAGGAUAAUCCAAUAUUAUUUUGGAAGAAUAACAAUCUAAUGUUUGGGGCACUGUCCGAAAUUGCAUUAAAAUACUCAUGCAUUCCGGCUACGUCCGUACCAUUAGAAAGAAUAUUUUCCAAGGCCGGUCAAAUAUUUAGCAUCAGACGUAAAAGAUUAUUACCUGAAAACGUAGAAAAAUUAAUUUUUUAAAAUUAAAAUUUAGAAAAAUAAUUACUAUUUUAUUCUUAAAAUAAUCAUAUCAUUUUUUAUUUUUAUUUAUUAUUUAUUUUGUUACAGUAUUAUAAAAAAAAAUUAUUUAUUUUAUUCUGUUUUGAUGUUUUAUUUGUAGUGUUUUUCAUUUUGUUAAUCGAUAAAUAAUGUU